UGCUUCCUGCAGCUCCACCACCACAAAAGCCACCGUUCCACUCCAUCAUACCCUCAGAGCUGUAAAAGCACAGCCGGGCCAAAAAUGUGCUCAAAAGCACGCCCUACCCUGCUCACAUCCCAUCUUAUUCCAUCCCAUUCCCCAGAAGUCCACCAUGCUACACGGUUGCUGCUAGGCGGCCAAAGCGGCCUCUGAUGCCCAAAUCAUUUCAUCCGGCUUGCUAAAGGAGAAGAGAGCAUAGCAUAGGACACCCCUCCCAAGUUAUCCUCCUGGACCGGCUAAAUCUUGCAUUCCUGAACUUGGUUCGCCGGAUUCUUGCAUUCCCCCGCAAGCUUCUUCGGUCACCGCAUCGGCGCCGGGGGUUGUCGUUUCACUGGCGUCGAUUGAGCUCCGCACAUUGUUUAGUUCAGCCGGGUUUCUUUUAUUUAAGGUGAGGGGGAGCUUUGCAAGAAAGGAAUGGCUUGGAUGGGCUUAGUAGCAUGAGGUGGUAGAGGGAGAGAGCAGAGACUAGAAGCUUGCCCUGUUCAUUCACCUUCUCCUCCUUCUGCCAUUGCCGGCGUACCUAAGCGCAUCGAUCCGUCUUGUUUUGGUUUCAUCUUUUGCUGCUCAAGAGGUCCAGCUUGGUUCAGUUCAGUUGCUUGCUCUUUUCGAUCUUCUUGGAGGUGCUUGCUCUGUUCCUGGCUUCCUGCUGAGGGAAGAUUUGAUAGACAAGCAUCAAUGCUACUGCUUGGAAGAAAAAGACUGGUCCCUGCAGUGUCAGGGUUUGUGAUUCUCUCCCUUGCAAGCUCGACGCAUGGCGCUUCAGAUAGCCUCGAGGGUCUGAACCAAAGCUACAAGAUGGUCCAGCCAUUGGAGCUGACGCCCAAGCUGUCGCUGCAGCUCAAGCUCCACGCCUUCCUCCUCUGGUCGUCGGUCGGCUUCCUGAUGCCGAUCGGCGUGCUGCUGAUCAGGUUCUCGACCAACGUCAAGAGCGCCAAGGCCGUCAGGGUCCUCUUCUACUGCCACGUCGCCGCGCAGGUCACCGGCGUGGCCCUGGCCACCGCCGCCGCGGCGCUGUCGAUCACCAACUUCGAGAACGCCUUCAACAACACCCACCAGCGGAUCGGGCUCGCCCUCUACGGCCUCGUCUGGCUCCAGCCGCUCAUCGGCUUCCUCCGGCCCGACAGGGGGGUGAAGGCGAGGAGCGUGUGGUACCUUGCUCACUGGCUGCUGGGGGUGGCGGUGUGCGUGGUCGGGGUGGCCAACGUCUACAUCGGCCUGCACACGUACCGGGAGAGGACCGGCAGGAGCGUCGGGCUCUGGACGGCGCUCCUCACCGCCGAGGUCUCCGCCGUGGCGCUCGUCUACCUCCUCCAGGACAGGUGGAACCACAUCGUCCGGCAAGAAGAGGCGGCCGCCGGGGACGAGCGGCGGUCGGAGACCGAGACGUCGGAGGAGCCGUCGUACCCGGCCAACGACCACAAGGAGGUGGCCGUGAUGCCGUAGCAUGACGAUAGGAGCUCGCUUGAGCUGAAAAAUGCAACACCGAUUCUGUACAGUUCAUGUGCUUGGUAAGCUGCAGAUUGAACAGCUUUUCGUAAUACUAGUAGAUAUAGAAAACAA